AAACUUUCAAUGAAAAACUUUCUCUGAAAACCUGAGAAUAACGGUGCCUUGUAUUAUGGGAAAAGAUCAGGAAGGAGUGAAUGGAUUUCCAAAUGAUUGCCAUAAAGACUUGAAACCCAUGUGAACAGCUAGGACUGUGUGCUGAAAUCUGAACAGCAGUACCCUAAAUAAUUACCUGGAAGCGUUGUACAUGUCUGUCACAAUUUCUCAGGGAUGUGUAUCUUUCCACAGGGAUGGUGCUGGUGCCAACAAUGAAGAUCAGACAGCAGGGGACACGAAUGUGGCUGUUGCUGGCAGCUCUCAGUCUUCCCGUAACAAUGAAGACCUGUCUGAUCAUGAACUGGAUGAAUAUGAUUUGGAAAAUUACGAUAAAGAGGAAUACACGGGUGAUUUACAACUUGGAGACUCUUUGGCUACUCUGGCAGUAUAUGGGAGUAAUGAUAAUGAUCCUUACAUCACCCUAAAAACCACUGAGCAAUAUGAACAGGAGGACUUUUUGAUUAAGCCCGAUGACAAUCUUGUCCUUUGUGGCAGAGUUGAUAAAGACUGCUGUAGUUUGGAGGUCCAUGUUUAUAAUCAUGAAGAGGACUCAUUUUAUGUACAUCAUGAUAUUAUCUUGCCUGCUUACCCUCUGAGUCUGGAGUGGUUGAAUUUUGAUCCUAAUCCAGAUGAAUCAACAGGAAAUUAUGUUGCAGUGGGUAACAUGACCCCAGUUAUUGACAUUUGGGACCUUGAUGUAGUGGAAUCCUUAGAACCAGUGUUUUCUCUUGGAGGCAAGAAAGAGAAAAAGAAGAAAAAGAAAGGAAAGAAAAGUCUGUCUUCAGAAGGGACCGUGGAAGGACAUACUGAUGCUGUGCUUGAUCUUUCAUGGAAUAAACAAAGCAGGAAUGUUUUAGCAAGUGCAUCUGCUGACAACACUGUGAUUCUGUGGGAUAUGUCUGUGGGUAAGCCAGCAGCCAGCCUGACGCUACAUACAGACAAGGUGCAGACAUUGCAGUUUCAUCCGUUUGAAACUCAGACCCUUAUUUCUGGAUCGUUCGAUAAGUAUGUCAGGAUUUUAUUUCCUGUCCCUUUUUCCCAUAGAUCAACGGUGCUGUAUGAUUGCAGAAACCCACAAGAUAACCAUCGAGUGUGGAGGUUUAGCGGUCAGGUUGAGAGAGUAAUUUGGAAUCACUUUUCACCUUGUCAUUUCUUAGCAAGCACAGAGGAUGGUUUUGUGUACUGUCUGGAUGCUCGAUCUGAUAAGCCCCUGUUUACUCUGAAAGCCCAUGAUGAAGAGGUGUCAGGGCUACAGCUAAGCAGUCAGGUUAAAGGGUGCCUUGUGACAUCAUCUGCUGACAAAUACGUGAAAAUCUGGGAUAUCCUGGGAGACAGACCAAGUUUAGUCCAUUCCAGGGAUAUGAAAAUGGGUGUUCUCUUCUGUGCAGCUUGCUGCCCUGACUUCCCAUUUGUUUUUGCCUUUGGAGGAGAGCGAGAAGGGCUGCGUGUUUGGGAUAUAAGCAAGAUUUCUGCAGUGAAUGAAGUUUUUGGAAACAGAGAGAGACUGGUUCUGGCUAGUGCCAACUCCAUGGCUUCCAGCUCCACAGCCAGCAGAAGCAGCAACGACUUGGAGACAGCAAUGGAAUCAUGAUGGACCAAACAUCAAAAAAUAGGACUAAUUAACGGGACUAUGACUAAUGUGUAUUCUGCAAAUCCCCCUGUUAGGUGAGAGCUCAUGGAAAUGACUCUAGUGUCUUGCAUUCUGCAGGCUUCUUCAUCUCAGACAAAGAAACAUGGUGGUGUGGUUAAGCUCUUAAGGUCCUGCCUCUGUUACCGGCUUUGAAAGAUUAAAUCACUUGCUUUUGCCUGAGAUAAUGAUCCCUGAAACAGGGGCUACCAUGUGUAAAGCUGACAUAUAAAAUGAAACAGUCACUAGAAAAGCAUUCUGGCUACCAGAAGUUUGUUAAAUACUGCAAAGGUUUUGAUCUUCUACCUUCUAAGGGUACAAGAAAAAAUACUUCACCCAACAGUUGUGUAAUAAAUAAACAAAAGCUGAAUUAAAUGACAAGUGUAAAUAGAUAAUUUAUCCUUGAGGCUAGGUUUACAGAUUUCUAAUACAGAUUUUAAAAUAUCUUCUAUGUAUCUUUUUAAAUCUCCAGAGUAGUUCUCAGGUAAUAAAAUGGCAUCCCCAGUAGAAUCUUGAAAUGUAUUUCUAACAUUCAGCUCACCAGUACCAAACCAGAAAUAUCCCAGCUCCAUCCAUCAAGAUUGGGUGUUUCUUUUCCCCAGUUCCACAGCACCUGAAGCUGACUGAUGCUGCAAGGUAUUGAGUUUUUCUUCAAGCUCCAACUGUAAUAUAUUUUAAGAGAAUUUGAACUGAAAGAAGGAGCUGCUAGUUGGAAAGGAUGAGAAGCUGUCAGGACACAAAAAAACGAGGGCUGGGAUCUCAGCAGGUCCCUGUCUCUGGUGAAAGCUCUGUGUUAUGUACUCAUGUUCAUCACCCCACCCAGGUGUUUCUGCCCAACACCUGAAGGCACAGGAACGUUUUGAGUAUCAGUUGAGCCACCAACUUAAGAUCUUUGUUUCCAGCAUCAGGAACCUAAUCAAGGAUUGUGACUCCAACAAUUUCCUCGCAUUUAAAAUGGAGCACCCGAGUGCCUUACCCCAGACCAAGAAGUUAAAUGAUACUCUUACCCUCCUGUGAAGUGCUUCCCACACUGAAGGUGUCUGCAAAAUGCCCUGGGUAUUAAAGCCACUGGUGUCAAAGCAGCUGCACUGUCACGGCUCCCCACUGCUUUCCACCCUAAGCACUGUAACUCACUCUGGUGAGGUAAAGCAAGUAAAUUGUAACACUACAAACUGCAGAUGGGAAAAAGGCUGGGGAAAAGGGUUAGAUCUUUCCUUCCUAUCCCUCAAGGGUAAGUGGCUGCUUCUAAAUCCACUUCAGCUGUUUCUAGUCUGAUGACAGGUGUUCACCAUGGCUCUGCAGGAAUACUCUGGAUGGGUUGGAAUUCCUGCCUCCCUCCUGUCUCUGCCAAGCAGUACUGAGAACCACUUCUGUUCAAGUGCUCUCCAGUGAAAAGCUUAAAGUUUUUUAAAGCUUUAAUUUGAAAUAAAU